AUUAAUAAGGAAGACAACUAUCAAAAUGGUUUUUCUGAAAAAUUUAAAAACUAACAAAUUACUACUUAAAAGAUUUUUUAAAAUAAAAUGAUCAUUGAAAUACCAGUAUCCAUAACAUUUUGGUACCACUAUCAAAAUUCCGUAAAUGUCAUUACGGAAAAAUGACAUGGACGCUUAUGUGACAUCCAGUAGACAAACGACCCCGAUAAAUGUUGCACUUCAUCACAUACGACGUCGUUUUUGUCCUCACGUUUAUUAAAAUAAAAAAGAUCUGGCCCAAAUAACGCCAUCGUUCCUAUCUGUCCCCUCCCCCAACCGAACGACGUCAUCCUUCCUAUCCCCUCCCCCCAUCGAACGACGUCGUCACCACCAUCCCCUCACUCCCCCAUCUGCAAUCAAAAUUCAGGCAAGCUAUCCUCUAAUCAUCUUCUUCCAUACAAAACAGAGAACACAGAACAUAGAAGCGGAUAGGACACACACGACGACUGACAAACUGAUGGACUCAGACCAGACGAACCCGACGUGGCCCCCCAUCAGAAGAGUCGUUGGCAGGUCGUGGACACAAGGACUCGUCGAGCUUGAGAUCGACUUUACCAGCUCUGACUCUGUAUCGAGUCUCCGUCUCCGAUGGUCUCAAGGAGGUGUAUUUUAUCAUAUGAGCUAUUAGAGCUAAUUGCCCUAGCUGAAGUUCAUAUGCAGCCUUGCUUGCAAUCCAGACGAGCUCAUCUCCAGUCUCUUAAGCCAAAUCAACCCUUUCUUUGCAUCUGCAUCUGCCACUUCUCCCUUCAUAGUUCUAGCAAUCUUCCCUGUGCUUCAGCAAUGGUGCUUCUGCAUCUGCCAGAUCUUUUUUUUUUUAUAAACGGGAGGACAAAAUCGACGUCGUACGCAAUAAAGUGCAACGUUAAUCGGGACUGUUUUUCUACUAGAUGCCACAUAAGCUUCUAUGUCAUAUUUCCGUAACGUCACUUAUGGAAUUUUAACGGUGGUAUUAAAAUAUUAUGGAUACUGGUCUUUCAAUGAUCAUUUUGUUUAAAAAAAUCUUUCAAGUAGUAAUUUGUUAGUUUUAAAUUCUUUCAAUGACCAUUUUGAUAGUUUUCUCUUAAUAAGGGAUGCGCCCAAUCUUGACGGUUUGAUAUUUUUCCUAGUAGAACCGUAUUACCAAAUUUGGAACAUUUGUCCAUACAAAGAAAAUCUACGGUCAAAAUGUAUCUGUGAAGUCAAUAUGCGUUUUUAAGGCUGUAUUCAUUCAAGUUGAGAGAAAUAAUAGCUGAAGCUCUCUCCCUAUUAUUAUCUUCCAAUUCAAAUUGCCAGAGCAGAGAUUCACUCAAAAAAAAACAAAAGAAUUUGCCAGAGCACAUCCUUUGUCGGGUUGAAGAUCAUUCCAUAAUUCUCAUCGUAACAUCGACAAUCCUCACCAUUCCAUUACGUAAAAAUAGCCUCUCCGAGCUAAUUCGGAGCCGGAAAAUGGAAAAUUAGCAAGAAAAAAGAGAAGAGGAAGAAGGUCAUGAAAUUUAGUUCUGCAGAGGACAUAUAAGAAGAUGAAGCUUGACGAGGACCUGGGGCCUGAUCGGGAGGAGGAGUUCCAGACCGACGAUGAAGAAAAUCAGGCGCAGAGGGUGUGCAAGGAGGACUUCCAGGACGAUGACACAGAUAGCCAAUCUGAUCAUCCAUCUCGGAACCAUUCGGGGAAUGACAAUGAUACAAACGCCAUUCUAUGGCCUCAGAGUUACAGGCGGUCAAUUGACAUGCUUACCAGUUUCACGCCUCCCUCUCUGAGCUUCUUGAAGGGAACGAGUUCAACGCAUAUUAGCAGUUCUCUGACCACAGUAUACAAAAGACCUCAUCAAUCUUCGGAGCACGAUUAUUCACUCAACCAAUCCCUCAUUUCAUUACCAAGUGUCGAUGAAAAAGAUAGGCCUCCCUCUGAGAAGUUUCAGGCUCAGACGCCCAAAUCUUCCUGCACGAAAUUCUCCGUCAGUGAAUUACCGCUAAAAGAAGAGUGCUCGUUUAUACAAGCAAUAGUUAAUGGAAUCAAUGUCCUAUGCGGCAUUGGAAUACUUACAGUUCCAUAUGCGAUACAUCAAGGAGGGUGGUCGAGUCUUAUACUGCUCUUUCUCAUUAGUGUAGUUUCAGCUUACACAGGCAUCUUGCUGAAGCGAUGUUUAGAAAGCUCUCCGGGACUCAAAACUUACCCGGACAUUGGGCAAGCUGCCUUCGGCGUAUAUGGCCGCUUAGCAAUUGCUAUAGCACUAUACGUCGACUUAUAUGCUUCCUGUGUAGAGUACAUAAUUAUGAUGAGCGAUAACCUGGCCUCCCUAUUCCCACAUGCCGAAGCCUAUAUCUCUGGUUUCCAUCUCAGUUCUCAUCAAAUAUUUGCGGUCGCCUCUACCCUCAUAGUUCUUCCGACAGUUUGGCUUCGGAAUCUGGGUCUGCUUGCCUAUCUUUCAGUUGGAGGGGUUGUGGCAUCAAUCUUAGUUGUGCUAUGCUUGUUGUGGGUGGGAACAGUGGAUGAAGUCGGUUUCCAUGCGACUGGCACAGCAAUCAACCUUGUAAAUCUGCCCUUCACGAUUGGCAUCUUUGGCUUCUGCUACUCGGGCCACUCUGUUUUUCCGAACAUCUACUCCUCCAUGAAAGAGCCAUCAAAGUUUCCAGCAGUUAUAAUAGCCAGCUUCGUCUUUUGCUUUUCUAUAUAUGCUGGGACAGCGGUGAGUGGGUUUAUGAUGUUCGGGGACUCAAUCAAAUCCCAAUUCACUCUAAACAUGCCCACAAAGUUCAUGGCUACUAAAAUUGCGGUUUGGACAACAGUGGUGAACCCAAUGACAAAGUAUGCAUUGACGAUUAUGCCUGUCUCCCUGUGUCUGGAAGAGCUUCUGCCUUCAUCCAAGCGUACAUCUUAUAGCAUAGCCAUUGUCAUCAGAACGGUUUUAACUCUCUCGACAUUAGUUGUGGCAUUGACUAUUCCAUUUUUCGGUUUUGUGAUGGCUUUGAUGGGAUCACUCCUUGCAAUGUUAAUGGCUCUCAUCUUCCCCUGCGCAUCUUAUCUUAGACUACUCAACGGUCGAUUGAGUAAGCUGGAGAUUGGAGCUUGCUGGUUCACAAUAGUUCUCGGCAUAUUCUGUUCGAUUAUUGGGACAUAUUCAGCAAUCGGCGAAUUAGCCAAUGAGAGGGGCUAGCUAUUCAGAUUAGUCAGCUGCCUUUCCCGAGAUGAGUGUAACAUAUACAGUAGAGUUCAUUUGCAAUGCACAUUUUGCCAAUAGGGACAGGAUUCUAGUUGCAGAUGAAUAUGUUCAUGGAAUCCUACAGUUUACGCGGUUUAGCUCGAGAUUUGGAGCAUGAACAAGUAGUUCCAAAUCAAACUGAAUUUGUCCUGUCUAAAAUAAAGGGGACAAGGUGAAAAUGCUAUUGUAAAAGGGAUGGACCCGAAUCAUCCUCUGCUCCUAAGGAAUUCAACAUCUCCAUGUGCUACCCUCCUUUAUAGUA